AACUGAGAGCUUUUUUUAUGUUUGCUUCAGACAGGAUCCCCAGUUUCCCCGUUAAAAUAGGCUUCAUUUGGACUGGAAGACUUCACUUUUGACACAUCCAUAUACAAUAUAAAAUGAGAUAACUUAUAAAAUAGGCAGGGGCAAUUGGUGGUAUGUUUAGAAGAACUCAUGGUGGCAUGGUGACAGUUACCAACAAACAUACAAGCCUCGGUAGUUAAGGAGCAAACCAAACAUGUUUUCCAGCCUUUAAGUGAACUGAUCCUUCAAUUUCAUUUCGAAUACUACCAGGUAGUUUGUGUAUUUAUUUGGAGAAUACAAUAUAUUUUUUGGGGGACCUAAUAUUGUUUUGUGUAUUAUUUCUACAGUAUUUCAGUUUAAGGUUAGGCUAUUUGUUUAAUAUUUAAACCAGACUUUAUUUAAGCUUCCUGCAACCCCCCCCCUACAUGAUAAACACCAGCUCUGAAACCAGAUGGACAGGGAAUUGAUCUGCGGAGAAUGUAACAUGGUGUUUCGCUCCGCUGGGCUGCUUGAGAAACACAAAGCACUGUUCUGCAUCGGGAGCGAGGUAAGACACCUUCGGGUGCAAAGACACAGCUCUGAACAUCUCCUAAGAGACAGACACGGAUGUGUGGACCCUAAACAGACAAGAACCCCUGAUCUCAUCCAGCUGAGAGGUCAACGGAGGAACAUCACCAGGCGGACAAAUGUUGAUGCCAAACCAGCGCCAGCGAGAGCAGAGGACAAACCAGCAACCAGUCAGACAGAGAGUGCUGCUCUGCAAGAUCUCACACAUGAGUUUCACAAGUUGAGGAUGUCCAUUGAAGAAAAUCUGCCAAAAUGGUCAAAAGGGACCUCAGAGACUGAGUCAAGUGGGCGUCAGCUGGGUCACAGUGAAAGACUGAAGGAGAUGAGGGAAAUGGCGAUGCUCCACGAGCGCCAGCUAGCCCUGAUACAUGCUCACAACCAGCAGCUGGAGCAGCAGAGAGACGAGCUGGCCCAUCAGGUGAGUGUCCUGUCUGAGCAGAGCAACACAACUCACCUGGAGAGUCUGCUGAUGGAGCUCAGAGAGCAGGAGGAAAGAAACGAGGACACGCUGCAACAACUCGCUGAACAUCUCCGUGCAUCACAUGUGCAAGAGGUCUCUGUACCCACCGAUCAGCCAGACCCACGCAAGAAUAAUCAUGACAGCUACGAGCUCAUUUCUUCCGCGGAUGGCCCUCUCUCUACCCAGAUAAAAGCCCUGUGGCAGGCAUACAUGCAGUCAGGUGGGUCAGAUCCAGCCAUUGUUGCACAAAUGAUUGAGCUGCAGGCAGAAGCCCAAAGUCUGGAGAAAAACCAACCAGCGACAGCCGGCAAGGCCAAAAAGAAGAGGGUGAAGCCUCGUCAGCGGGGUGUGAGCUGGGAGCUGCUGGCUGUGGAGCAGGAGAACCAGAGACUAGAGGAGGAGAUCCUCAGGAUCCAGCUGGUCAGAGAGCGACACCAUAACUAUAACGCAGCAGUGAGGACUGAGCUUGAGCAGAUUCAGAAGGAGAACCUUCUGCAGUUAGCCAGUUUACAGGCAGAGAUGGAGAGAAGCAAAGAAGCUCCCAGGCCCAGGAGACAGCCUUCUCCACCUCCCCUCCAACCCAAGACUCGCAUUCAUGCACCUCUUUCACUGCUCCAGGCCAGAUCCUUCUCCUCUCCACUGGGAAGAUGCAUGUUCCAGGACUCAUUGGGUCCAGCUCCCUACGACCCUGCAGCUGGUUUCGUGGUUUUUUACGACCUGGUGCUGGGAGUUGAUGUCUCCCAGAGGGCACUGCGCCUGGUGGCAGCUCUCUACUCAGAGGGGGAGGAGGUGGGACCACCAACUCCGCUUCCCCCAGUGCAGUGCCUGCCGGGACCGUCCCUGCCUUAUGCCCACACCCCUGGAAACUACGCCCUCCUGUCGGCCAGACAGCCUGUACCUAGGAUCCAGCCAUCAACCUCCCUCUCUCUAGUGGUGGAGGUGCAGGCAGCACGAUAUCUGGAUGUUGACGGCCAGGAGGUCUUCAAACUGGCAUCCUGCGGAUGGACACGAAUGGAACUCUUUGACCAAUACAACCAGCUCCUUAGUGGCCACUGGAGGGUACCAGUGCGCAGUCUGCCUAUCAGACCCUCCUUAAGCCUUGCCCAGCUCAACUCAGUACACCAGGUGGGCCACUUGGAGCUGUGUGUACGGUUGGUCAACGGACGAGAUGGAGAUGUUCAGACUCUGGCAAAGCCUGACCCGACAAGCACCAGUCACUAUAAAUACCCAGCUGUGGUGUCCGCACAUCCUGCCAGAGUCCACGGAAAUGCAGCUCUGCCAGUUUCAGCUCCACAGCCCACAGGACUGGAUGAACUCUCCUCUCUUUUGUCGCUCACUGACCACCAAGACCCUCCACCCACAGAUGCCAGUCAGAGUUGAAAAGGACAGAAAUGUUAUGCAGAAAACAUCUCUACAAUCAGGAUGCAACAUAUGAACUGUUGUGGGAGUUCAAAUGCGGGUUCCUUACUCCCCUCAUCUUCUAAAUACAAUUACUUUCCUUGUUGCAGUUGAAAUAUGCAGAGGGUCAACAGUAGAAGCUUAGUUAUGCCAUACGG